AGCAGCGACAUCACAGGCGCAGCAAAAAGAAGCGUUAUUGCCCUUUGUUUUUAAACCCGGCCGGCGGACGUCGCGCACACGCCGAGGGCUGCUUCUGCUCGCCCGAGUGUGUGAUUUGAACGACAGAUUUGUUUAUUUCACGGAGAUUUAUUUUUAAGUAUCUGUCGUUUUCAAAACACUCCGCGACUAGUCCGUUAGCUAACCAGCUAACUCUUGAUUCUCCCGCGACCCAGAAAAGCCAGGACUCCAAAACUUCGCCAGCAGGCAGAGAGAGAGGCUCACAGGUCCCGCUAACACUGGCGCUAGCUAACGGCUGUCAGUCAGUCAGCAAGCGCUUCAUCUUCACCCGAGCCCCUACUCUGAUGUGAGCUGAACAAAUACAUCUGCAGGAGUCAUCCUCUACUGCGAGGGGCUGCCUCACAGCCGGGGGAAAGUCCAGGCAUCGAGUCAGGUUUUACUGGCAGUCUGUGCGCUUCUAACCCACCAGCAUGUACAUUGGACAGUGGAUACCCUAGCCAAAACAGAUCCUGGCUUCCCAAAGAUGACAAGGUGCUGGCACGCUGCAGCUACGAAAUGAUGGGAGGCAGUGAGACUGUCAGUGGGGACAAGGAUGGUGUCCACGCCACUGCAAUACACGUCCCCAUCGGCUGGCAGAGGAGAGUGGAGGGCUGGCAGGUGAUAUACGUCAGUCCCAGUGGCACUGCCUUGUCCUCUCUGGACGAGGUCAAGACCUAUCUGUUGACUGAUGGCACCUGCAAAUGUGGUCUAGAGUGUCCACUCAUCAUCCAUAAGGUUUUCAACUUCACUGUGGGAGUGAAGGUAAAACAGCACAGCCAGCCUUUAGGCAAAACAGAGCAGGACAUGACCAAACUGUGUAACCACCGCAGGAAAGUGGUAGCCAUGGCUGCUCUGUGUCGCAGUAUGCAGGCCUCCCAGCUGCCUUUCACCAACCUUCAUCAUGCAGAGGUGAGCAGUCGAGUGGACAGUCGUGAUCCUAAUGGAAUAGAGCGGGAAGAAGAGGACCGAAGCCUUUACCAUCCCAAACUCCAUCCAGUCCCUCCUCGACCCCACAACAAUUUCCACUCAAAUCCCUGUGCCAGCCCUAAAUCCUCCCACCAGUUUAUUUACCCAUAUAACGGUUCCUCCACCAUCCUCCGCACAGGCACAAACCCUCAUCAUCCAUUAGAUACCCUGAGAAGGCUUCACCAUCCUCCUUCUCUCCCUGCACCCUCCACCUCUUCCUCCACCUCCACAUUCCCAUCUUACAGCGCUGCUCAGAGGUCACCCCGCACACCCACACCUCAGAACGUCAGCCAAGGUCAAAGAACACCCAAAACUCCAGAGACUCCUGGUUCUCCUCGACUCGGGUCACUCUCUUCACCUCCUCCUUCCUCCCCUAAGACACUUGGUGGAGGAGGAAGAGGAGGACAGACCAACGCUCAUCAUCCUCAUGGUGUCAUCGUUGGAGGCUCCACCCCCUCUCCGUCUCCCUCUCUCUCUCCCUCUAUUCAUAACAUAAACUGUGUUUCUCCUCACCAGCGGACACGACACCCUUCUGCGUCUCCCUCCCCUAUCUCUGAGCAGGGCGGAGGAACUACAGCAGCAGAAGGAGGAGGGCAGUUGGGAAGUAACUUGUCUCAGAGGAGGAAAUCCACCUCUUCCUCUCCACUCUCCCCUCUCCCUGGUGGCUCCCCAAACCCCAGCCCCCAUUUCCCCAAGUACAAGCUGGAAGAUAUCUUGGAGCAGUUUAAGAACUCAGGCAACAGCAGCACUAAUAACCACCACCUCCUAAACCCUAAUAACCCCUCCUUACUGACCAACCAAAGCGGUAGCAACCUUCAUGCUUGCUCCUCGAAGCCUUCUAAGAGUAUCAUGAGUCAGACUUCCAGCUCAGGAGCACCAGGUUUUGGGUUAAACUCUGCAGGCCCCUCUAGUUUACCUCUGGGGGCAUUUCUGAACCACCAACACAGCCAUCAGGGCAAAAUGCCACACCCAGCUUCUUUCCCUGCAAGUAACUUGCUCUCUGCAGCUGCCAAGGCUCAGCUGGCAAACCAGAUAACCCAGGGCCAGAGCUCAAAUGUGGCCAGCAACCCAGUGAGCUUGCCCUCUUCUCUGGACAUCUUGAAAGAGGCACAGCAGCAGCAGUCGUCAAAGGUAACUAACAGCACUUUACAUAACAGCCACCCUCCCUCCUCCACCGCUUCUAGGUCUCCCCAUCCUUCCCUCGCAGCAGCCUCUGCCAUCCUCUUUCCUCCAUGCCACUCUCUGGCUCAGUCCCUGGCUUCCUCUCUGCCCCACCUGCCUCCCACAGCAGAGCGCAAUGCAUCGCACAGGAAGAGGCAACGGCGAUCUCAGACAGUGCUCAGCAUGCUAAGAGACACUCAGCAGCUGGCUAAUGGGCCACAGAAGAUGCCACCAGUAGAAGCUGCUUCUGCCACAGUUAUCAACCUUUCCUCGUCUUCCUCCCCUUCCUCCUUGCACUCCUCCUCCUCUACCUCAACUGUGCAGAACCAGAAUGCUGUCAUGGAUACCCAUCAUCAUCUCCUCCCCGGGCAGAUGACCAGGCUCCCUGUUCCUCGACAGACCGCACACCUUCCCAGGCCUCCACGACAAAACGAGCCUCUGGAUUUCACUACCAGCCUGACGCCCACACCUCUUGGCUUGGAUCCUCCAACCCAGCCUCUGUCUGCUCUGUUGCACCUGCUCAGUGUGCAGAAUGCACAGGCCACAACUUCAGCCUCUAACUCUGCUUCUGCUCAGCCAGGAUCUAUGUCUGUUGAAGGAGUUGGACACACUAAUAAACAGAGCCCCAGAAGGUCACCCUCUUCUCCUGCUCCUCAUUCUAACAUCAGGCACACACAGUCACCCUCCCAAAGUAAUGACACUACUUCUCUUUCUGUGAUGCCACAGCCGCUCUCUCCUCCUCCCACUUCCUCUCAGUUCAGAUCAGCACAGUCUCAUUCAUACACACAGACAACUAUAUCAAGUCCCCUACAGAGACAUUCUUUUUCUUCAACACUGCUGCCCAACUCAAAUGUAGCUUUACCCAACAGCAACAGCCCAUCUCACCGUACAUGCCCAACUCCCUCUGACAAGCCUCAACCAACUGAGAGUCACAUUCCUACAACAGACUCAGUUUCCCAGGCUCCUUUGCAGGAAGCCUCACCAGAGGGCACAGUGGGAAUGGAGAUAGGUAGUAACAGCACAUCAACAUCAGUGGACCUGACUCACUCUCAAGGUAGUGUUUCUAUGGCAAUAUCCACCUCCCCAAAGCCUCUCGAUCUUAGCAACCAUGUCCUGGCACUUCUCGCAGCAUCCUCCACCGUUCCACAAGGGGAGGGCAGCUCCUCUGACCGUACCACUGAUGUUGAGAUGUCUUCCCGAGGAAAUCAUGCUACAGAGCCAGAGGAGCCUGGAUGUGCCGACCCAAAGGUCUCCACAGUAACCAAACCUCCAGCAGCCGUCAGCCCUGGGCCUGCCAUCUCCACUCGUCUUGGGGAUAAUAACAAUCCCCCUACCCCUUCAGCCAUGGCCGACUCGACCAGCACCUUACCUCUGGCAGAGGCCUUUCCCUUCAUGAACCAAGAGCAGCUACUCCAACUGCUGUCAUCCACAGGAGGAUUACCAUCCCUCCUGGACCCUACAGUCCUUGCUUCAUUGCCCCUAGGAGGGCUGUGGUUGGGAGGACAACAUGCACAGAUGCCCCCUGCCAAUGCUACACUACAAACACCGGAGCAACAGCAGCUAAUGCUACAACAAGAGACACAGCAGCAAAACCAGGAUCAACAACAAAAGCAACAGCAAUUAAACAAUUCUCUGUUUCCCUUGUUGCCCUUGUUGAGUGGUACCCAAGGGGAGUUGCCUCUGAGCCUUUUGGGCUUAUUGAACCCCCUCCCACCCCCAGCCUCUACCCCUACCACAGGACAGGAAGCGGAUUUUGGGCUAACAGAAAAGCCCAACCUUCAGGCUCUGCUCAUGGCCUCAUUGUUGCUCGGGCAACAGCAGGCACCAUUGAUACCUCUGUCUGGGCUGGGUCAGCUGAGCCAGGUCAGUUUGGAAGUUCCUCUUCAGCAGCCACAGCAGAUCCCAACCACAUUGGAGGGACUCACGCUGGAUAAAGUCUCUGGCCUCCUUGAUCCAUCUACCUUACCGGGCCCGGGGCUCUUGGAGGUUGCCCAGGGCCUUCUGCCCAUCCCUCCAGGAGCGGAGGGCAUUAUCCAAGCCCUGCAGUCUUUGCUCUUCCCUGCCACUCUUCCUCCUCCCCCUGCAGCCUUCCUGCCCCUCAGCCCUGCCUUGCUCACCGCUGCCCUGAGCUCUGCUGAGCUCCACCCGCCUCCCCACACCCAGUUAGCUCCUGCACAGCUAUCCCAACAUACCCAACCUCAGGUAUCUACUGAUGCUGGUGUUGACACCCUCAUACCCCUGUCUCUCCAAGGCAAGGACAACUCCAUCCUCCAACAGUUACUUCCCACUUUGCUUAACCCUGCUGUAUUAGGAGAUCUCUCUGGCAUCACUGGCCUUCACAACAUGGUCGGGAUUGGGGCAGGUUCCAUCCUCCUGCCCUCAGUCCAAACCUCUGCUUUGGGUAUGCCUCUGCUGCAGGGUCCUGAUGGGGCCAUCAACUUGCUCAACAACAUACAGCUAAACCUUGCAUCAGCCUCAGAAGGAGAGAAGCCAGUCUCAAUGCAGGAAACACAAAGCCCUGCUCCGCAGGAAGACAUUCCAGCCAAUCAGGUUGCUCCUGAUUUGGUCCCCAGUCCUGUUCCAGCUCCGCCAUCAGCUUCUGCCCUUGCCCAUGACCCCACGCCACCCCCCCAGAGAGAAUCUGAGGGCAGGUCUGUUAUUGAUCCUUACACCUCUUUCAUGGACACAAUUUAUACCUCUUUCCUUCAAGUCAGUGCUAAAGAGCAGGAAGAUGGGGCCCACUUGGGGCCAUCUGACCCCACUUCACCCUUCUGUGCCUUACCGCCAGUUUCUUUCCCAGUGGAGCACCAUACCCCAUCCACCCCUGUCCCAACUCUGCCGCAGGCAAGUGCCCCAGUUUCCCUAAGUCCUCGUAGGGCUUGCUCCCUCCGUAACCCAGACCUUUCCCGACUUAGCUUGGAAGCAGCAGCCCAUUCCCCCGCUCAGGGGACGCCCAAACCCAGUGAGGACGGGUCUACGUCACCCUUGCACAGGAAGCCAGUCAUAGUAGAGGGACAUACCCACCCAGAGCCUCCAAUGCCACCCAUAUACUUGGAGGAGGCUAAGACGGACUGUACUGGGCCUGCUGCAGCUGCGUGCCCUUUCGUGGAGGCAGGUGGGGAUAGGCAGGGUCGUCUUCCCCAUUCAGGGUACCUCAGUCCCAUGGAUGGAUGCAGUGUGAGGCCCAUUGAGGAGACAGCUGGGACAUUGCUGCACACUGAACAGGGGAGGGAUCAAGCAGGAACAGCGGGCGGAGCCAGAAGAGGAAGGAAAAGGAAACAAACGCUACAAAACGUGUUAGAGGACUUCAGAGACAUGGAUGCAACAGCACUAGAGGAAACCAAGGCUACAACAGCACUGCUGAAGCCUGAGAGGUCAGUCCGCGGCAGGAGGCGACGAGGCGCCAGGUCUCAGAGACAGUGAUUGGUGGAGGGAGCUGUCAGUCAGAGCUGUGUGCACCAAUCAUAGGCGGCCAGGCGCCCCCCUAUCCCCCUCCAUUUCUCCACCAUCAUCACCACUGUUUAGAACUUUUUCUUAUUAAUUCAACUGCACUAAUAUGUUGUUGUCAUGUCAACCAUUGUUAUGGCAACCACUAUGAAAAAACGCAUAGGAGAGAGAUCUAGUCUGAAAAUUAAUUUAUAAAAAAGUCCCAAAAAAAAUUUGGAGAGAGUUUGUGGAUACAUUUUCACUUCGUCUUCUCUUAGGUCUAGUUCACAAAAUAAUGGUUGCUUGACAUUGUGAUCAGAGAUCUGUUAAUUAUGGUUGGUGUUAGAUUUAUGUCAGUGAGAAAAUACAAAAAAUAACAAACAAGUACUGUUUUCUUCUCAUCAGUGUGUAACUGUGAGUCAGGAUAAAGCCCAUCUACUUGAACGAUGCUCUCUGUUGAAAGUGUGUGUGUGUGUGCACAUGUGUGGAUGUGUGUGUCUUUUUAUGUGUGUGUUGGACAACAGUGCUAUUGCUGAGCCCCUCGCUGUCCAAACAUGAGUUGAAUUUUCGUAACCAAGACCCGGUUCGUUUGUGAGGUAAAGAAAUGCACAGCAGUUGUUUUUCAAAGAAUUCAUGAAGAGAGAAAGAAAGGUGCCGGACGAAUAUAAGUAGAGCCGGAGUUUUUUUUUCCUCCUUCCUCAGGAUGAAAUAACCUUUGUAUGGGCUAAGCCAAGGAAAUAAUGUGGUUCAAUCUAUCAGGUUUCAAGUUUACAUCUGCCACUUGUCACAUGUUGUUUUUCUUUAAUCCUGAUUCUACAUUUUUCCCUUAAUGGUUUGUAUAUCACUAAUAAUCUUAUGAACUGAGAAAAUGUUAAUUCUAAAGUUUAAGUUUUUUGUACGACUGCCAUACUACAUUUAUUUUUUCCCUUAAAGACCAGGGAACAAGUGAAUCUGACCACAUCCACAGGUUUUGAGGUUUGCAAGGUCCAGAACUGAAUCUGGAACAAUUCAGAAAAAACUUUGAGCACCAUUUACUUCACUUUUGUAACCCACUUAAAUUUCACAUGCUGCGUUACUUGUUGCUGUGAAGAAAUACUUGUGGCUGUGGUGUGAUGGAGACUAUGUAAUUAUCUGUUGACUUAACACUCACCCAAAACUUUCACCCCCCGGCCACGAGACAAAUGUGUGGAGAAAAAAAAAAGAAGGAUUUGAUUUUGAAACUGAACAUGAGCUCAGUUUAUAGAAAGUACAGUAUGUCUUUGGAGUGUAUGAAUGAAUGGUUGGAAAACUUAAGUCGCAGAGAGUGAUAAUGUCCUACGUGGAUCUGUUGAGUCCGUGUGUUACUGUGGAUUUGGAGUAAUAUCCUCCCUCUGUCUCAUGUCACUGUUUGAGCUCUCCUCCACACACUGCCCCGCCCCAAGAGUACUGGCAUCGCUAGCUGUAUUUAAAAAAAAAAACAAAACAACAAAAAAAAAGAAUAAAGAAAAGUGAAAAAGAAAGCAGAUUAUGCAAUUUCUACACUUGGAGAUUUGUACAUAUGUACAGUUAAUGUGUUUUAUUUUGAUUUUAUAUUGUUAGAGAAAGAGACGAGAGAAAACAAUGAAUUGUGAAUUUUUCUGGGAAUUGUAAUUAAGUAUUUUUCUCAUUCUACCCCUUUGCUUUCAAUACUUAUGUUUAAAAAGACGAUUAAAUUGUGGACUGUAGCUUUCUUUUUUAUAUGGGAGUCUUUUUUUAUUUAAUAUUAAACU